GGAUUUCCGGUUCCCGGGGCCACGAGGCGGAAGCGAAGGCAGACGCAGUGUCCGUCGUUGACGUUAGUCGCAGUCUUCGCUGCUAACGUUCUGUUAUGAGUUGCUAAAAUGGUGAAAUGCUGCUCCGCCAUUGGAUGUGCUUCUCGCUGCUUGCCAAAUUCGAAGUUAAAAGGACUGACAUUUCACGUAUUCCCCACAGAUGAAAACAUCAAAAGGAAAUGGGUAUUAGCAAUGAAAAGACUUGAUGUGAAUGCAGCUGGCAUUUGGGAGCCUAAAAAAGGAGAUGUGUUGUGUUCGAGGCACUUUAAAAAGACAGAUUUUGACAGAAGUGCUCCCAACAUUAAACUGAAACCUGGAGUCAUACCUUCUAUCUUUGAUUCUCCAUAUCACCUACAGGGGAAAAGAGAAAAACUUCAUUGUAGAAAAAACUUCACCCUCAAAACCGUUCCAGCCACUAACUACAAUCAUCAUCUUGUUGGUGCUUCCUCAUAUAUUAAAGAAUUCCAAUCCCAGUUCAUUUUUGAACAUAGCUACAGUGUAAUGGAUAGUCCAAAGAAACUUAAGCAUAAAUUAGAUCAUGUGAUCGGCGAGCUAGAGGAUACGAAGGAAAGUCUACGGAAUGUUUUAGACCGAGAAAAACGUUUUCAAAAAUCAUUGAGGAAGACAAUCAGGGAAUUAAAGGAUGAAUGUCUGAUCAGCCAAGAAACAGCAAAUAGACUGGACGCUUUCUGUUGGGAGUGUUGUCAGGAGAGCAUAGAACAGGACUAUAUUGCAUGAAAUAAUUUCAUGUUGUGUUCUACCUAAAACUGUCAUUGGUACAAAUUUUUAUAAAAUCUCAUUUAUCAUCACUAAAUGAUAUCCAUCAUUUAAAGUGCUGCUUUGGAUUCUCUGGAGCAUUAUGCAUUAUAGUUGUUAUCCAAAGACUUUUUGAAAAUAUGCAGAAGUUUGUGGUAAUUAUGUAUUUGUGUGACUUGUGACAAUUAUGUUUUAUAGACCUACACUAGUGCCAGGUCACUACUGUAAGAUGUUAAAAUCUCAAGAAAAUUUCACAGAGCUAAAGAAAUGAUGUCAAAUUAGUCACAUUAAGCUGUAGUAGAAGGAAUUGGACACUUCUCCAGCAACAUCAGAUUUUUGGCUUCAAAGGAGUACCUUUACUUACAUGUGCUUUAUGGUAAGUACAUUGAAUUUUACUUUAAAUGCAUUUUACUACAAAGCACAAUUCAUUUAUAAUACAUAUCCAUCUUGGAUUCAAUCCAAGGUGCUUUUGCGAUCAAUAAUACCAAAGGAUCUUUUUACAAGGCUUCCUGUGGUAUUGACUCUGAGAAUAACACAUAGUGAAGAUCUGUUGGCUUUUAGAAUUGUUCAGAGCCAAUUUAAGAAGAGCCCUCGUGAAGUCUCAGUAUUCAGUACAGUACAUCAUUCCUCCUCACUAGGAGCACUUUGAUGUAAACCAGAAUAGCUUUAAAAGACGAAAAGGGUCAUAUAUCUGAUUUUUAAAUGGUUAGUUGCUCUGACAGGUCUGAACACUUUGCUUCAUGACUAUUUCAUCAUAAAGGUAUAUCUUCAAAAUCUGAAAGCCAGUACUAGCUCUAUACUUUUAAUACUGCUUUGUAUUUUAUAUAUAAAGUAGUAUUGCUGACAUUUUUUAAAAAUACAAAAUAUAAAAGAAACCAUUAAAAAUUAAGAAUUGUGGCUCUUCCAGUUGAAAUAGGAAUUGGAGAGAAAGGAUUAGAAUAUUUUAAUUAGGGAAGUAGAUUAUUGUCCAAGGGCUUUUAUUUAGAGAAAUGGGUAAUUAAAAUAGCAGCUUUAGAAUAGUUUCUUACUGAAUAUGCAAAGGAAUAAUUCCUUGUUAUUUCCUAAUUGAUCCAAGUCUCAUAAAUUUAGCUUUUGUCAUAAUUCCUUAUCCAAAACAACUGAAAUUAAGAGUCAUAAAUACUGUAGGUUAGAAUAAAAACCAUUUGCCAAAGCAACACUCUACUUAGGAGCACGUGUACAUACAUGAAGCUCAUUCAGAAGUCCAUGCUGUAGCAGUUAGAAUUUGAGUAUCAGCUGUUUCACUGUAGUAACAAAAACUGAAUUGCAUUUUGUGCUCAUUUGUUUAUUGUAAUUUUAUUUUUGUUACAUUAAUAUUAGUUAAGAUAUGGUCACUUGAAUUUUUUGUAUUUAAGAAUUUUCUGUUUUAAUACAUGUUACACUUUUAUGUAGGAUUCCAAACCUUCCCUCUAAACGGGAUUUAACCCACAUCUGCGAGAUCAGCGUUAUGCACUGAGGCCGUAUCUUUUUACAACCUGAAAAAAAAGUAGUAAAAAGAUAGUUAAAAAAAGGCCAAGUGGUGGCUCAUACCUGUAAUCCUAGCACUUUGGGAGGCCAAGGCAGGCAGAUCACUUGAGGUCAGGAGUUCAAAACCAGCCUGGCCAACAUGGUGAAACCCCAUCUCUACUAAAAAUACAAAAAAAAAAUUAGCCAGGUGUGGUGGCACACUCCUGUAAUCCCAGCUACUUGGGAGAACUGAGGCAGGAGAAUUGCUUGAACCCAGGAGGCAGAGGUUGCAGUGAGCCAAGAUCACGCCAUUGCACACUCCAGCCUGAGCAACAGAGCGAGACUCCGUCUCAAAAAAAAAACUCUUUCAUUACCCAUUAUUUAUUUUAGUUAUCUCAUUUUGAGUUCAUAAAUGAACACCCUAAUGGAAAGUUUGGAUAUGAUCUUAGGUUUUAUGGAGAUGUUUUCAAUAGAGAUUAUUUUUCCCUCACCCUAUUUGUGAGUAUAUAAAUUAAAGUAAGUCAGUGGACAAUGGAGAAAAAGUAAGAGGGUAGAUUCAAACACAGUAUGUCUAAAUUCUAGCACUCUACUGGCUGCUUAGAAUACACCAAACCUGGAAGACCUUUCCAAGAGUAAAAUCCCAGUCUGCCACUAUCAAAAUUGCCACAGUCGCUUUUACUACUUGCGUUCAUAGUAGACUCAGCACCUCUUUUUCACUGGACCUAGUAUAACUGAGAAAUAAAUAACUGUGUGCAAAAUAUUGGUAUCGUUAAGGACCCAGAGCUGCCCAUUUUCUCUUUAUUCUAAUGGGAAAAUAAUUACUGAUAGAAAUCUGAGAUUUAAAAUAGGGUCCUCCCUGCUGCUGCAAACAAUUGCCUAAGCACAGUAUGUAUCUUAGUCCUCUGUUCCCUAAUCUGAGAUUUAAAAUAGGGUCCUCCCUGCUGCUGCAAACAAUUGCCUAAGCACAGUAUGUAUCUUAGUCCUCUGUUCCCAGAGAUUCCAACCUAGCCCAGGAAAGAACUGUGCUGUAUAAAGCAAAACCCAAGUCAUCCCCCUCCAGAAGUUUCUCUGGCAGCCAAGGCAGACCCUAAGGGUUCCACUUUGCUUUAAAAGCUAGGAGUGGCCUCUAGAGCCAGGAACACAUUAAUACAACAGUUCAACCUCAGCACCAAGUCAGGUCCAAAGCACUUGAUAUGUGGAAUUUUUCUCUAUAUCAAGUUCAAAUUUCUGGAAAUAGACUUUGGUUGCUAACGAUAAUUAAAAUUAUACCAUAGUCUGUAAUUUGAGAAAAGGUGAAAUGUAUUAAAUAUAUAUUUAGUUUUAAUAAAAAGAUAAAAUUAUUAUAGAAAUAAUUGAUAGAAAAUCUAUUAUUUAUUUGAAAAAUAAAACAUUUUCUCCA